GAUUUACCCUCCACCUCCACGCGUCUUGAUAACGGUGGACUUUGUCAAUCGCCAGCAAUCGCCUGCUUGCUUCUUUUUUCCUCUUUCGGAUUUUCCCUAAUUUCCCGCGUCUUGUGGGAUAGAAUUAGCAGGGCGGUCAACAAAUACAGACAUCGCCAUAUAUUUACAUUAUUAUAGAAUCUUGAACAACACAACCAGCUCUCCCUCAUCCUAUCAAUUGCUUCGAUCCGGUCACAUCCUUCUUGACUCUCUGCUUUCCCCUUCAUCGUUCCCCCAUCCAGCCCAUCCUCCCCAUCUCACCCAUAUGGCUGUCUCCAAUGGAAUCAAUAAUGUGGAGGUCGAUUCAGUUCAGAUCGGUGGGAUUGAAGAGCGCUACAGCAACUUCUUUGAAAGGAUGAAGCAGAACAAUCCAGACUGGUCGGAGCCACAAGAGAGAAUCUUGUUAGAGCCUUUCACUUAUCUAACCUCGACUCCGGGCAAGGAGAUUCGCUCGAUGAUGAUUGAUGCCUUCAACCAUUGGCUGUCCGUACCCACUGAGCAACUCAACAUUGUCAAGCGGAUUGUUGGCCUGCUUCAUACAGCCAGUCUCCUAAUGGAUGAUGUAGAGGAUGGAUCCGAAUUGCGUCGCGGGAUCCCAGUGGCCCAUAAGAUUUAUGGCAUCCCUCAGACUAUCAAUUCGGCCAAUUAUGUAUACUUUUUGGCUUAUCAAGAGCUAUCGAUGUUACAUCCCUCUCAAGACAGCUCUGCCUCGAACCUAUGGAAGCUCAUCAAUGAGGAGCUACUGAGACUGCAUCGCGGGCAAGGCAUGGAUCUGUAUUGGCGAGACUCAUUGACCUGUCCUACCGAGGAAGAAUAUAUCCAAAUGGUCAAAAACAAAACCGGUGGGCUGUUCAGGAUCGCAAUCAAGCUCAUGAUGGCCAUGUCACCACUUCAACAAAUCCCAGAUUACGUCCCCCUCGUCGAUUUGAUCGGGAUCAUCUUCCAAAUCAGAGACGAUCUAUUGAACCUUUCAUCCGACUAUACCGUCAACAAAGGCUUUUGUGAAGACUUGACCGAGGGCAAGUUCAGUUUUCCGAUCGUUCAUGCUAUCAGAGCGGACCCAUCGAACCAUCAACUUCUCAAUGUGCUACGACAGCGCCCGACGGACGACGGGAUCAAGUCCUAUGCGGUGAGCUACAUGAAGGAGAAGACCAAGUCGUUCGCGUAUACCCGGUUGGUCUUGGGCAUCCUCGAGGCGCAGGCCGAUAAGGAGGUCGCCCGCUUAGGUGACAACCCCGCCUUGAGAUCGAUCUUCAGCAUGAUGCACGUCGCUCCCUCGCCCCCUCAGUCGACUGCCCCUUCAUCAGCCUGAUCGGGGCUGCUUCGGUAAUCUCCUUUCAAAUGGGACUCGAUCGAAUCGAUCCCCCCCUUCUUCUUCAUUUUUCUACUUUUACUUCAAUGUAUCUUCCAUAGAGUUUCCAAUCAGUCUGGAACCACCUCUUUACCUUUUGUCACUUUUUGUUGUUUGGCUUUCAUCUGAUUCAUCUAAACCUUUGUUGUGUAGCUUCACUAAAAACAAAAGCAUAAAAAAACAUAGAAAAAACAAAAUUCCUGCCCUGCUUUUUUUGUUAUACCAAGUUGUAUUUUUCUUUUUUUGCUUUCUAAAUUAUUAUUUUUGAUCUCA